AUGGCUAGGACAUGCUUCAUGCUCCUUUGGGUACAUGCGGCGGGUGAAGUUGUAUGUUUUCCCUACUUCCGGGAGACUUUGAACGAGGACUGGCUCCGCGUCGGUAUCGUCGCCAUGGUUGCCUUCUCUAUUCUGAUCAUAGUUUUCUUUUACGUUCAUUUCCUUGGCGUCCUGAUAUUUCUUGUGGGAGGAUAUUACCACACCAAGGUUGCUCACGGGUCGUACUGGAUAUGGCCCUCGUUUGUCUUCUGGGCUUUCGAUCGCUUCGUCCGGGUGGUUAGACUUGUUGUAUUCAAUCACUCUUAUUUUGGCUUCAAGUCAGGAGCUGGGACAAUGGAUGCAACGACGGAAUGCUUUCCGAAAUAUCGACAAACGGCAUAUCUAAUCAUGCCCUCAGUUUCGACACUGCCAUUCGAAGCGCACCCUUUUACUAUUGUGAGUUUCGAUUCUAGUCUCCUGUCAACCGCAAGACCAGAGGAUCAAUCGGGAAGCGGGUUUACGAAAAAGCUAAAGGAGGUAGCCGGAACGAAGGGCAAAGUUAAGGUUUUUGUGGAUGGUCCUUAUGGCCCGUCUUCUGACCUCGGAGGAUCUGGUAUUAUCGUAUACCCUCCCGGUAUUCCUGAACGUUAUCGAGCACGUGGAUUAGUUUGCUUGUUAUCAUUGAUGCCUAAUUAUUCCCAUAGGUGCGUGCGCAAGGGGAAAAAGCUCCUGCAAACGGUGGUAGUGUUCAUUUGGUCCAUACGCGGGGCUGGGUGUGUUCAAUGGAUUGAAGAAGCACUGAUCAAGGCUGUUCAGCUUGCUCCGCCUUCUUUGACAGUGUCCAUCCGUAUCUUUGACACUGGUUCUCCAUCAACGUCACAGUACAUGGAAGAAGAUUUCAGCCUUUCAAAUCCAACAGAGAAGAACGGCACUCCCGAACAAGUUCUGACAAGGAAGGUAUCUGUAUCGUCGUCAAUGCUAUUUUCAUUACAUGGGGUCAAAAUGGAGAGUGGACGAGCAGACCUGGAUGCCCUGCUCAAAGAAGAGGUCAGCAUGGCAUCGGGAAGUAUGUCGGUGAGCGUUUGCGGAUCGCAGGGUAUAGCACGUGCAGUCCGUCAUGCACUUCGUUUCCCUGUCUCGGGACCUUCCAGUAUUCUCAGUGGAGGACCGAGCGUAACCUUAUAUGUCGAAUCUUUCGGAUACGCUGACAUACUGUAGCUGUUUAACAAGGACUCUGAGUGCUGUAUCG